AGUUUAGUACCAUCGAACUGUUAUUAACAGCGGACGGUUUAUGUUAAGCACUUGAAUGCAAAAACAUAUGUUUUUACACCGCAAACGGAAUUUGGUUAUCAAUUUUUGCAAGUGCAUAAAGUAAAGGGCUGCGCGCCCACAACAACAAAAAAGGAAUAACAAUACAAGUGAUAAACACAAUUAUGGCUAAUAACUACAGUAUAAUACCAGCUGGCAUGGAGUCUGAUGAAGAGGAACUUGGAUGCAUGCUGGCACAUUUGAAGAUUAAGCGAUUAGAGGAUAUUACAACGGGUGCUGGCAUCGAUGGCGACUUUGACGCCACCUUGGACGAUAACUUGCAACAGUUCUUCGCCGUUUUUCGUGACAAAUGGAAUAUGCACAGCAAAUGCAAGUCUUCGCCAUAUAUGAGACAAGAGUUAAUAAAAGCGCUAAUGCGCCAUCCCAAUCCUCUGUUAAUGGCACUCAAAAUCUUUGCUAAUUGCCCGGACAGCAGUAAUGUUAAGAACAAAAGUCUAUCGCAUUUUGUGCUUGAUACUGCUUGCAAAGUACAGGUGGAUUUUCCACACCUGAGUGAGCAGUGCGACAAAAAUACGAGCAUGAUUGCAUUUCAUUUUGUUAAGACAACGGGCUUGGCUUCGCUAAAUAAUGCCAUGAUCCAAGCAUAUCGUAUUAACCAAAUCAAGGAGCUGCUCGUACCUAAAUUGAAAAAGAUGCUCGAUGAGGGCUACUAUAAGGAGGUGGCCCAAUGGACUCUCGAUUUACAGCUUACUCAUCAAUUUGAUAUGCUGGAGCUGGCAUUUCCCUUGAUAGCACAAGAAAAACUACCGUUAGCUGAAGAGUACCUGGAUCAGGCAACGCACCAGCGUUUGCCUUUUGUGCAAUUUCUCGAUUCGCUGCUGCACAGGGAAAAGUCCGUCAUCGAGAUGUGUGAACAGACUUUGAGUCGCUAUAAAAAUCUGAAAGUCUCCUAUCACGUGCUUAGCUAUCGUCCUAUCUCCAAGAUCGUGUCACGCUUGGCCAAGAAAUAUGGCUUCGACGACACCGUAACGCCCAACUAUAAAUUCACUAAGACCUGCAGCUAUCUACAUUACCUGUAUCGAGAAUAUGAGAAGCAGAGGAUUAAUCUAGCCAGCUUUCGGGAGCUGGUUAGGGUUCAUGCUUCGGAUUAUGCGCUUCGUCUGGAUUUUGUUAACUAUAUAGCAGCUGCAUCCGUAAACAGUCCCUACGAAUCGGAAGCCAUCUAUUGGUAUAAUGAAUUUAAGAUUCUCAAUGAACAUUGUCCACAUGAAAUCAAAUCGCUAAUCUCACAAAAAUCGGAUCUACAAAACAGUCAAGUAGCUGAAGAGCAAUCAACCGAGUCGAUGCCUUGUGAAUUGUACCUGGGCAUGGAUCUGCCAGACGAGUGCCUCAUCAUAGUAGAUUCUUAUCCAAUCUUUAAUCGAAUGCUGCAGCAUUUGCAGCGCGAGCAUAUCAUCUACCUGGACUCUGAGUGGAUGCAAAAUGUUUGUGCUCAAAACCAGCUUUGUCUACUGCAAAUUGCGACCACUUGCAAUGUGUACCUUAUUGAUUGCUUGGCCAGUCGGUCAGCACUGGAAGAGCAACACUGGCGUGCGCUGGGCGCCACGGUAUUCAACAAUCCCAACAUACUCAAAGUGGGUUUUUCCAUGUUGAAUGAUUUGUCGGUGCUGCAACGAUCGUUGCCUCUUCAGCUACGUCUCCAUAUGCCGCAUCAUUAUCUCGAUCUACGUAACGUGUGGCUGGAGCUGAAGAAAAGGCAAGGGGUCGAGUUGCCUUUUGGAAAUGUGAAUCGUGCCGGAGAUGCGCUCACGGAUCUUUCUAUGCUAUGCCUGGGCAAAAAGCUGAACAAAGCCAAUCAAUGCUCAAAUUGGGCAAAUCGACCGUUGCGAAGAGAACAAAUACUCUAUGCAGCCAUUGAUGCCCGCUGUUUGCUGUUGAUCUAUGCGUGCCUAUCCAGCUGCGUGUCGGACAUAAAUGUUAUCAUUGAAAAGUGCAUUGCUAGCAACAAUUUUUUGCGACGUGGCGGACACAAUGUGAAAUAGUCGAAAUGAGAAAUAAUCUCGGUAGCAGUGAUAUGCGCCUGUACAAGGAAUCUGCGACUACUAUGUUAAUGUUAUAAGAGUAUUUGAAUUAUAUACACA